AUGGAGGACUACGCGAUGAUGGAGAACGAGAACGAGGAGGACGAGGAGAUAACUCAGGAGGAUGCGUGGGCGGUGAUCAGCGCCUACUUCGAGGAGAAGGGGCUGGUGCGGCAGCAGCUCGACUCCUUCGAUGAAUUCAUCCAGAACACCAUGCAGGAGAUCGUCGAUGAGUCGGCCAACAUCGAGAUCAGACCUGAAUCCCAACACAAUCCCGGCCGCCAGUCUGACUUCGUCGAGACAAUAUACAAGAUCAGCUUUGGCCAAAUAUAUUUGAGCAGGCCUAUGAUGACAGAGUCAGAUGGAGAAACUGCGACAUUAUUCCCAAAAGCUGCAAGGCUGAGGAAUCUGACAUACUCAGCCCCCUUAUAUGUAGACGUCACCAAGAAAGUUAUAAAGAAAGGGCACGACUGUGAGGAAGUGACUGAGACACAGGAAUUUCCCAAAGUAUUUAUUGGGAAGGUUCCUAUUAUGCUACGGUCUAGCUAUUGCACGUUAUAUCAGAAUUCUGAAAAAGAUCUAACAGAACUUGGAGAAUGCCCUUAUGACCAAGGUGGAUACUUUAUAAUUAAUGGGAGCGAAAAAGUUCUGAUUGCACAGGAGAAGAUGAGCACCAAUCACGUUUAUGUCUUUAAAAAAAGGCAGCCCAAUAAGUAUGCUUAUGUUGCUGAAGUCCGAUCAAUGCCAGAGUCCCAAAGCAGGCCAGCAAGCACCAUGUUUGUGCGCAUGCUUUCCCGUACCAGUGCCAAAGGGGGUUCUUCAGGACAGUAUAUUCGUGCUACUCUUCCAUACAUACGAGCCGAUAUACCAAUAAUUAUUGUAUUUCGAGCACUAGGUUUUGUUGCCGACAAAGAUAUUUUAGAACAUAUAUGCUAUGACUUCAGUGAUACACAAAUGAUGGAAUUGCUGAGACCAUCUUUGGAAGAAGCAUUUGUUAUUCAAAAUCAACAGGUGGCUCUGGACUACAUAGGGAAGCGAGGGGCAACUGUUGGUGUGACGAGGGAGAAGAGGAUCAAGUAUGCAAAAGAAAUUCUUCAAAAAGAAAUGCUGCCUCAUGUUGGUGUUGGAGAAUUUUGUGAAACUAAGAAAGCAUACUAUUUUGGUUACAUUAUUCAUCGUCUGUUGCUGUGUGCACUUGGACGAAGACCAGAAGAUGAUAGGGAUCAUUAUGGCAACAAAAGGCUGGACCUUGCUGGUCCUCUACUUGGAGGCUUGUUCAGAAUGCUUUUUAGAAAAUUGACCAGGGAUGUGAGAUCUUACGUCCAGAAGUGUGUAGAUAAUGGAAAAGAUGUUAAUCUGCAAUUUGCAAUCAAAGCUAAAACCAUCACAAGUGGCCUUAAAUAUUCCCUUGCUACUGGAAAUUGGGGACAAGCAAAUCAAGCUGGCACCAGAGCAGGGGUUUCACAGGUUUUGAAUCGCCUAACAUAUGCUUCUACUCUCUCUCACCUGCGGAGGUUGAACUCUCCUAUAGGACGUGAAGGUAAGUUGGCUAAACCUCGACAGUUGCACAAUUCUCAUUGGGGAAUGAUGUGUCCUGCUGAAACACCUGAAGGACAGGCUUGUGGAUUGGUGAAAAAUCUCGCUUUGAUGGUGUACAUUACUGUAGGAUCGGCUGCACAUCCUAUUUUAGAAUUUCUUGAGGAGUGGGGUACUGAAAACUUUGAGGAAAUAUCACCUGCAGUAAUUCCUCAAGCAUCUAAAAUUUUUGUCAAUGGUUCCUGGGUGGGUAUUCAUCGGAACCCUGACCUCUUGGUGAGGACCUUAAGACGGUUGAGGAGACAGAUUGAUGUCAACACUGAGGUUGGAGUUGUACGAGAUAUUCGUCUCAAAGAACUACGGCUUUAUACUGACUAUGGUCGCUGUAGUCGUCCACUAUUUAUUGUAGAGAACCAAAGGCUGCUGAUAAAGAAAAAAGAUAUUCAAGCACUGCAACAAAGGGAAUCUCCAGAGGAAGGUUGGCAUGAUCUUGUUGCGAAGGGAUUUAUAGAGUACAUUGAUACCGAGGAGGAAGAGACUACAAUGAUAGCCAUGACUAUCAAUGAUCUCGUAAAUGCAAGACAGAACCCAGAGGAGGCAUACUCGGAAACUUACACUCACUGUGAGAUCCAUCCAUCAUUAAUUUUGGGUGUUUGUGCAUCUAUCAUCCCUUUUCCAGACCACAACCAGUCACCUCGUAAUACAUACCAGUCAGCAAUGGGCAAGCAAGCCAUGGGGAUUUAUGUAACCAAUUACCAAUUACGAAUGGAUACAUUGGCCUAUGUUCUCUACUAUCCUCAAAAGCCUCUUGUUACAACUCGUGCCAUGGAACAUUUGCACUUUAGACAAUUACCUGCUGGGAUUAAUGCAAUUGUUGCAAUUGCCUGCUAUUCGGGAUAUAACCAAGAAGAUUCUGUUAUUAUGAACCAAUCUUCAAUUGAUCGUGGAUUCUUUCGGUCUUUGUUUUUCCGUUCUUACAGAGAUGAGGAAAAGAAGAUGGGAACUCUUGUUAAAGAAGACUUCGGGCGCCCAAAUAGGGAAAAUACGAUGGGUAUGCGGCAUGGCUCUUAUGACAAAUUGGAUGAUGAUGGUCUUGCGCCUCCGGGUACAAGGGUCUCUGGUGAAGACGUCAUAAUUGGAAAGACAUCUCCAAUCCCUCAAGAUGAUUCUCAAGGUCAAGCUUCAAGAUACACACGUCGUGAUCAUAGUACCAGUGUACGACAUAGUGAAAGUGGGAUGGUGGAUCAGGUCCUAUUGACGACAAAUGCUGAUGGUUUGAGAUUUGUGAAAGUAAGAAUGAGGUCAGUUCGUAUUCCUCAAAUUGGUGAUAAAUUUAGUAGCAGGCAUGGCCAAAAGGGAACUGUUGGAAUGACAUACACACAAGAAGACAUGCCAUGGACUGUGGAAGGCAUUACACCUGACAUUAUUGUGAAUCCACAUGCCAUUCCUUCUCGAAUGACAAUAGGUCAACUUAUUGAGUGCAUCAUGGGAAAAGUUGCUGCCCAUAUGGGAAAGGAGGGAGAUGCUACUCCUUUUACUGAUGUCACAGUGGACAAUAUCAGCAAAGCUCUUCAUAAGUGUGGAUAUCAGAUGCGUGGGUUUGAAACUAUGUAUAAUGGCCACACUGGGCGGAAGCUGACUGCCAUGAUAUUCCUUGGACCUACUUAUUACCAGAGACUGAAGCACAUGGUUGAUGACAAGAUCCACUCUCGAGGGCGUGGACCUGUGCAAAUUCUUACAAGGCAGCCAGCAGAAGGACGCUCUCGUGAUGGAGGUCUUCGCUUUGGUGAGAUGGAGCGAGAUUGCAUGAUUGCACAUGGGGCUGCACAUUUCCUGAAGGAAAGGUUAUUUGACCAAAGUGAUGCUUAUAGGGUUCAUGUUUGUGAGAGAUGUGGGCUUAUUGCUAUUGCCAACCUCAAGAAGAAUUCCUUUGAGUGCAGAGGUUGCAAGAACAAGACUGACAUUGUUCAGGUGCAUAUACCUUACGCAUGUAAGCUGCUUUUCCAAGAGCUCAUGGCCAUGGCAAUUGCUCCCAGAAUGUUCACAAAAGAAAUGAAGCCAGCCAAAGAUCAAAAGAAGAAAGGAGCCUAAAUCAUUGUACCCAUACUUUUAUGGCCUACUGAUGCGUAGUCCUUGUUUGUACCCAAAAAAAAAAAAACGUGAUCCUUGUUGUAAGAUGUGGGAUAUUGGUACUGCUUCGGGAAAUCCAGAAAUUUUGAGGUCAGGCUUCAUUAUUAUGAUGGUGCAUGUUCUCAUAUUUGAAGUGGUUGUCAGUUGUGUAUGCUGGUCUGAGCAGUCGCGGUAGUUCUAAAUUGCUGCUUUGAGGGCGAUGGAGAGAAGUUGAUUCUGUUUAUGCUGCUCAGGAUCAUCUUGAAGACAACUAUAUGUGGUGGAAGGAAAGGGUGUUUUGAUUAGCUUGAGCCUUCAUUCAUUUGGAAGAAAGCACGACAUGUGUCAUCUACUUGCCAUACUGCUAUGGGCGUUAAGGGAGCAUGUACAUGUCUCACAAGUGUUUAGCUAUUCAUGUAAAACUUUUGCGUAGAUUAUCUAGCAUCACGUGGAGAUACUACUGUGGUUGCAUAUUUGAAUAAUUGCGCCAUGCUAAGUUUAGGCUAAUGAACUUGUUUUUCGGUUCGUCUUUGAGAAGUAAUCGUUUGUGGGAAUCAUACAAUAGUUGUGUAGUUGUACCCCUUCUUUAAUGUGAAAGCUUCUUGAGGCA